GCGUCCGAGACCUAUCACAUACCCAGAAUGAUGACGGGUUCUCAUUUUCAUGGAGGCGGCCUCACUGUGCAGAUCUUCAUGGUUCUUACCGAUGCUUCAACUACCGGCUCAUGCGAGACAACACUGAAGAGAUUGUGAAUCAUGGAGAGUGUACAGCAGUCAUGCAGAAGACAUACAUGAUGGAUACAUUACAAGCCUGCACCAUGUACAGGUUUCAAGUACAAGUGGUCACGAGAGAUUACCUACAACGAGGCUGGGAUACAGUCAAUGCACAGGCACCUACUCGAGCUCCAGGUAUGCCAAGGAACGUCCGCAUAUUAAGCCAGGGUUCUGACACUGUUACCUGGGAAGCACCCACCGAUCUUCCCUGUGAACCCGAAGGGUACGACGUCACCCACAAACUCCUCUACAAAGACAUGUGUGAGAUACCAAGUGAUGCAACUAAAGAAAACAGAAUUGUUGAUGUUGAUUCCCAUUUGAUGCGCAAAACCAUCCAAGGAUUAAUCUCCUACUCACAAUACCAAGUUUGUGUUUUGGGAACGAACGCAGCAGGCGACGGAGAACCGACAUGCGUGAACUUUACUACAGGUCACGAAGCUCCAUCAAAACCACCAAAGAAAGUCAAGUGCUCAGAUCAGUCAUAUGGUAGUCUUACAUUCACCUGGAACAAGCCACGAUGUGGAGACAGGAAUGGACCAAUCUCUCACUACGAGUACAUUUUGAACGCUAGCGUGAGCAAUGUUUCGAUACUUGGAAGUGUAAAUGCAAGCGAGAACGGAGGUGAUAUAACUUUCACUAAUCUCAUCCCAGUUACGAUGUACUAUUUUAGAGUACGAGCUAACAACGACAACCUCUCUGGAAACUACGGACCAGCGGUGGAGGCACACACGAGCCUACCUAUCUACCGUCCUCCCAAAAAAGUAGUGGUGACAUCAUGGAAUGAAACUGCAGCUGUAAUUGAAUGGCUUGCUCCAGAUUCUUCUGUCUUUAACACCAUCGGCUACACAAUUGCGUGCUGGCAGUCUGGACUUCAAGAGAAUACAAGCAUUUUCGUUUCAUAUGACGAAGAAGUUUGUGCUUCAACCUGUUUGAUGGAAGCAGCCAUAACAGGUCUCAAACCUGCUACCAAUCAUUCCAUACAGGUUACUGCAGUAUACAAAUAUGGUGAGGAGAAAAGCCACGUUCUGCAAUUUCAAACGCCAGAGGAAGUGCGAGAAUCGUCAUCGAGAAAAGCAGUGAUGUUACCAGUCCUCGUCUGCAUGUUUCUCCUAAUCUUUGUGCUCUUACUCGUCAUCGCUUCUCUCCUAUACUCUAGGAAAACGAAUAGACCACUCUUCAAUCCUGAACGGUUAUCCUUUUCGGUGCAAGGUAUUCUAAAUGCACUACGAAGAACUGGUACGGCUCUCAACAAAUCAGUUCCCAUGUCCAGUAGUCGCAAUCGAGAUCACACUGAACAAGAGCUGAAUGGAGGUGGAUUGGAAAUGGAGAUUACUUGUAGGGUAAGCGAAACAAAUAACCAUGAGUACAACCAUGAAAUGGAAAGCAAUAUGUCAUCUGAGAUCUAUGAGAAUAUGACAGCUCAGGACACAAAACAUGGAGCGAUUCCUGUUGGACAACUUCUAGGAUACAUGGCAAGAAGAAACGCCGAGGGUUCGAACAGUUUGGAUGAUGAUUUCAAGAGUUUGCCAUCACAGAAGCUGCAUCCACAAUAUAUCGCUCUAAAAGCAGAGAACAAGGAAAAGAACAGAUUUAUCAAUAUCUUACCAUACGAUAAUUCUCGUGUCAAUCUCACUGUGGUACAUGGCGAUCCCCACUCGGACUACAUCAACGCUUCUUUCAUCGAUGGAUACAGGACUCCCAAGAAAUACAUUGCAGCACAGGGUCCCAAUAAAGCAUCUGUAGACGACUUCUGGCGUAUGAUGUGGCAGUAUGAUUGCAGGAAGAUUGUUAUGCUAACAAAUCUGAGGGAGUCAAAUAAGAAAAAAUGCGAGCAAUACUGGCCUACUGAGAGUGUUGCAUAUGGAGGUAUUUGGGUGUCGAUGACGAAUGAAAAGAAAAGCGACCAUUAUACUGUCAGGUAUCUCAAUCUGGUGUGCAAUAACACUGGCCGUGACGUUGUACAGUAUCACUACACCACGUGGCCUGACAUGGGUGUUCCAGAGUAUCCUUCGCAUCUUAUGAACUUCAUCAAGAUUACUAGAGAACCGCUCAAGUCACCCAAAGGACCAACCGUAGUGCACUGCAGUGCUGGCGUAGGAAGGACGGGAACCUUUCUUACACUGGACGCCAUGUUGGAUCAGAUCGAGACUGAACAAGCAGUGCAUAUCCACGCCUUCAUCGUUCAAAUGAGACAAAAACGUCCUAAUAUGGUCCAAACAAAGAAACAAUACAGGUUCAUCUAUGAGGCACUUCUCCAGGAAUUGACAUGUGGAGACACGAGUAUCCCCCGGAAUGCAUUCGGAGAAACAUGUCAGUCACUUCUAUCCAAGUCCAACGGGGUGACUGGUAUACAGCGGCAGUUUGAGUUAUUGGAAGCGUUAACAAUCCUUCCACAAGACGAGGAGACUGCAGCUGCCAGGAGUGAGGACAAUGCUAGCAAGAAUCGCUUUCCUGACAAGGCACCAGUGAGCAGAACACGUCCUUUCCUGAUGACUGAAGUGGAAGGAGGGAACGAUUACAUCAAUGCAUCAUUCUUGCCAGGAUACGUUACAAGGAAUCAGUUCGUCGGGACACAAACACCCUUACCCAAUACAGUGGUGGAUUUCUGGCGUCUUGUUGUAGACUACAAAGUGGAAACGAUCGUAAUGCUCCAUGGUAACACAAAAGACAAGAAAUACUCGCAGUAUUGGCCAACAGAGGGCAGCCAACGAUACGGUCCGUUUAAGAUAGACGUCAAGAAGGAAGAAUAUAAGAGACCAAUUAUGCACAGAACAUUGGAAGUGACGAAGACAGACUCAAAGAAGGCCUUUCCUAAGACAGUGAAACAUCUGCAGCUUGCCUCAUGCCCACCUCCGUUAGAUGUGCCUCCUACACUCACUGAUGUGAUAGACCUUUACAGGGCUCUAUUGACCGCUCUAGGUAGCACGGAGUGGAAGGAGGGGGAUUCCCCACUUCUGGUCCAUUGCAGGGACGGUGAGGGAAUGACUGGAGCGUUCUGUGCUUUCCUGGCAGUCAUGGACCAACUUAACGCCAAACAGACCAUUGAUGUCUUCCACGCAUGCAAGAAACUGAGGACAACACGUCCUGGUGCAGUGGCCUCAUUGGCGCAGUAUCAAUUCAUCUACGAAGCUGUCAAAUCUCACUUGAUUUCAUCUACGAUCUACGAGAACGUGACGAAAAAGAUAUAAAAAUACUAUGCCCUCUUUGGAUACGAAGUAAUGAUAAAGUAGAAGUUAUCUGACCUGUUCGAUGCAUCGUGUAUCAUUCUAGAAUCAUUGGACUGAAAAUUAGAAAGUCGCAUGGAACUUUAAACAGUUUAGGUGCUGCUCUUCUUGGAUACUACAUCGAAAGCAUCAAGGCUUACUAAUACGUGUUGCAUUAUUCAUGUAUAUUAAUCACAUAGGGCAUGUUGACUAAAGCUUUGUAGUUAGUAAUAACACAAGAUUAAAAAUAUAUAUAUCCAAACAAUAUCGGGUAUAACUUUCAUAAUAUGACAGUGGAAGAAACACUCGUAAAAUCAAGACGUUGGUGUAAAUUGUAAUUACUAUAAUUGUAAUUAUUAUUUUAAGAAUAUAUAAAAAAUGCAAGAGAUCGAAAUUGAAGUAGAAUAUACCUCUAUUUUCGUGCAAAUAAUCAAUUUCCUCUAAUUGCAUUGAACUGUACUGAAUAUAUAACAUGGCCAAAUGAGAUAGAGUUUUAUGGCUAGAUGUUGAUUUGUUGUUGUUGUUGUUGUUGUAAUGUAUAAGGAAAUAUGGAAUUAAGCCAUUGGAUGGCAAAUGCUAUCCAAUCUAGAGAGAAAGAGAGAGAGAGUCACAGGAGAUAAAGGAAUGAUGAUUGUUUAUGUCAAAAAUUAAUUAACCACGGAUAGAAUUGGAUGGCGGAUAAAAUAUUUCUGUACCUUUGCUAUUAAAAUUACGGAUUAAUACUUAUACAGGUAUGUGCAAAGUUUUAUGUGAUGCAAAAAAAAUGAUAUGGUAGUGUUGAUUAUAAUCUGUCUAUUAUAUUAUACAAGAAUGAUUAUUUAACAUAUCUACAUACGCAAACUUUCUGAUAUCAAACUAAAAAAAGAUUAUUAGAAUAUGUUGAUAUCAAAUUCGACCAUUUUUAAGUGACCUUAGAUAUUAGUGUAACAAAUUGUAACAAGUUUUGAUCAGUUGAUUAAAGAAAUAUUCAAUAUUCAUGUAACACGUUUUUAAAACAGAACCUUUAUAUUUAUCGGCUUAUAACAAAAUUCUUUCUGUGAGGAAUUUGAAAUAAAAAGUAAUUAUAGGUAUUAUCUAUUUAUAUGAAUCAAUUUAUAUAUGUUUUGUAUGGAUAGUUUUUUUUCUUUCUGUAAAUACACAAAUGAUUCUCUGUAGAACAUAAAGCUGAAUUUUGAAUCAGUUUAUACGCUGGCUUCGUAUGUACAAUUUAAAAACAACAACAUUAUACUAUACUAUGAUAAGUAGGGAAAAAACAGUUUAAUAGGUGCAUGUGUUUUGGCAUUCUUUUCUUCGGUAGGACACUAUUAAAACAUGAACGGGAAAUAGUAAUUAUUCAAUAAUGCUUGUUAAAUAAGUGAACAGACACUAUGAACUUCGUGUCUUGUAUGGCUAAGGUCACGGAAUGAUAGAACAAAUGAAAUAAGAGUACAUUACAAAGGCUAGAAAUGUUAAUGAAUUAGUUGAUAGAUAUUCACUCAUGAAGAACUGUAUUUAUUAUAGCAAAUAGACAAGUAGAUUGUGAGCAAACAAAUGGUUUAUUGAUUUUAUAGAUCCCAUACCCACAUACAAAAAAUGAAUUCAGUAUAUCCAUGAGUGUGUAUGACAGGACUGUAACAAUUGCAAAGACAUUGAAACUAAAGAAUAUUUAUUUAAGACUGAUUACUUAUCUAAAUUGUUUCAUACAAUUGUUCAUAGUUUAUUACAAAUAUUUUAAUAAACAAUGCUUCAAACAUUCUCUAAUUUACCCACUGAGCUUUAUUAAUCUUCUUCGUACAGAGAACAAACAGGUAUUAUAUAUGUAUAUGUAUACAUUAAUAUAUGUUUUUUAUGGAUAACUUGUAUUUUUAUGUAUAUACACAAAUGACUCCAUGUAAAACUUACAGCUGUAUUGUUAAUCAGUCUGCUACGUUGGCUUUGUAUGUACACAUUAUAAACAUACCAUUAUGCUCCGACAGGUUGUGAAAUACUAAUAGUAGGUGCAUGUGUUUUGGUAUUUCUUCGGUAGGACACUAUCUAC